AUGUCUUGUUUGGAAGAAGUUAGAGCUUCCGAUCCUGGCACCAAAGCCUCGAUAACUACUCAUGGGAACCCAACUAAAAAUGAGAUAUCUCAAACCCAAGUAAUAUCAAUAGAUCAAGCAAAGAGUUCCAUACUAGAACUUGACCCAGAAAUUGUAGGGAAUUCUGCCAAUCAGACCGAAAAUGGGUCAGGUAGUGUAGUCAUCACGCCAACAGGGGUCAGUAAAACCAGCUCCAUUGACGAUAUCACAACAUGCACAACUAGUAGUGAUAUUUCAACACCAAUGGAACUGAGUUUGACGGCAAAAAGGCCAAGAACGGAGAUUUCUUUCUCUGAUAAACUCGAUUCUGACACCUUAGAGCCAACAGUGAAGGCACAGAAUUUAGAUCUCUCCAUUGAAAUCGCAUCCAAGAAUGAGACUCAAAUGCAGAGUUCAUUUAUCCAAGGCCCAGAUAUGACUAAUACUAAUACAUCAUCUCCAGUUCCUAACAACAGUAUCGUGUUCAAGUGCAUUGAUGCAUCAGGAAACGGAGUUGAUAUCAACAAUCGCACAGAAUCAAACUCUACAGAGGUUAUUCCCACAUCUGAAGCGUCAAAAUCUACCACAGCAUCUGCUUCUCCUUUGAACCAGAAUCAAGGUUGUAAAGAUGAGUUGAGUUCCGGUGUAUGUAUGGGAGCCAAACAACCCGCCUUACUUUCUUCAAAGCAACUUUUUGACGAGCUUGUUCAACUGGCUGCAGUUUCACCUACAACUGGAACAGGUAACAUUGCUUUGAUGAACCCGCAACAAUUAGCUUCCUUAGACAAUGGAGUUCUCCAACAAUCUUUGCAAAACUUUGGGCUUUUAAUGGGCGCAGGGCUAGGAGUCCCAUCACUGGGAGCAACGGGAAAUACGACACCAAUCAAGGUUCAAUCUCCAUCGGUUACUAAAAGCCAGCUAAUAGGAGGGGCAGUUGGAUCGGCCUCAAUGGGAGAUUUUCAUCAGCAAACGUCUGUAGGUACUGCAGCCUCUGCUUCUACUGUUCCUUCAUCGGUAGCCUCGCCUCUGACUUCACCAAUAAACCUUUCCUCAGGUUCAACAGGUCAUGGUACCACUAGUCCAAUCUCGGGAAUGGUUUCUCAGAAUCAGAAUCUCGCUCAAAAUCAAUUUAUAUCCCAGUUAAUGGCAAACCCACUCUUCCAAACUCAAGCCAUAGCCAGCCAAAGUUCUCAAAACCUAAAUAGAAUGGUUUCAGCGGCUUUCGGAGUUGGGUCUCCACAGAAUACUUCCACUUCUACCCCUUUUGGCUGGCCAUCCACAGGCACGACUGCUACCCAGGGGUUUUGUCCAACCGGUACCCAAUCAGGAAUUGCGAAUUUUGCCACCCUUCUCGCUGCAGCGAAUUCACAGUUGCACGCCCACACACCAUUUCCUUUGGUCUUCCCCACACCUGUAAACAGAAGUAUUGGUAGUGGGUCGAACCCCAUUCUUAUGCCCAUGCAAUCUGCGGCUCCUUCUGAUGGAUCUGCUUUUGAAGGGGCCCAGACAUCAACUACUGCAAGCACUGCGCCUAGUGAAACCGGUGCAUAUCCUUCUACAAUUGGACAACAGAACGAUCCUUUACUAAGGCUGAGUACUGGUCUUCCCCACAACUCUUCGGGAGCACCCUGUAUCCCACCAUUCUGGCACAACCCUGCUCUCCUCGCAUCUGCUGCCUCUUUAAUAGGCUCUGGAGACCUUUCCCAGACUAUGGCGCUUUUAAAUGCUGGUCCUUUGAACUUACAGACCUUUGUUCAAGCACAAGCUGCAGAGCCAUCUAAUGCACAAAAUUCAAAUUCCGAAGAAGAAAGUGUUACGAGAACGCAACAAAACUGUAUUCCACUCUUGACGUCUUUGCAGCAGCCUAGCUUUGACUUCUCUUCACUUUCCACUUCGAGUCCAGCGGCACUUGCUGCUCUGGCCAGCGCUGCAACAAAUGCGCAACUUUCUUCUAAUGCUCAGACGCAAGAGACUGAGACUACUGCUUCGAAAUCUGUAACCAAGGUCUCGAAUAAUGCGAGAAUUUCUCAUGGCUCGGGUUCUAGAGCCUUGAAUGCAAGCUCAUCAGUUACUGCUGCUGCUGCUGCUCUUGAUCAUCUAGACGUAGAUUGGGAUAGUGUUGGACUUCGGGAAGCGGAGCUAGCUGCAAUGGAAAUUUGUAAGACUGCAAACACUCUUUUCGACACUACAGAUGGAACAACCCCAGUCCCCAGUUCCCCAGCUGCUGUAGGGGAAGCAGUGCUUACUGCGGCCCAGCUUACCAUUUCCGCCAGAGCAAUGCUAAAGUUCGUCAAGGGUCUUACACCCACCCAACUAGGUAUCAACUGGCACGCCUGUACUCAAAGAUUUUGUGUAACUUAUACAACUAGGGAUGAACAGAAUCCGCGGAGUUGGACUCUAGGUGCAUACUCAAAUGGAAAACUACAUUACAAGUACUUCGGGCCAAGAUCCUGGACCGUCAUGGGUUUAAAGGAGGCCUUGAGAAAAGCCUUUAAGGCUAGGACUUCCCUACUUCUUGGACAAGGAAUUAUUGAGGAGCCGGAAGACACGGGGCUCAGCAAGGAAGAACUGACAUACCAUGCGAGACAGUUACUCCAACAGCUCCGAGACUCACUUGGAGUUAAGAAAGGCAAUGUUCACAAAGGUCUCUAUAUAUCUUGGCAUCCCAAGACAAGGAGAUUUGUGGUCGCUCUAAAAUCCUGUGAGAGUGGUAAGACUAUCUACAAGUACUUUUCUCCAAAGGAGAGGUCAAUAAAGGGGAUCAAAACUGCUCUUCUUGAUGCUCACCAAAUGGUUGUUGCUGCUUGUCAGUAA